AUGCCAUGUCAACAGGAAGGAUUUCCCCGUCAAAGACUACGCAUUCAGGAAACUUUAGGAGAGGGUAAUUUUGGUAAAGUGGUAAAAGCAGAGGCUUUAGAUAUCAGUGGUAAUGGUACGUGGGAGACAGUGGCUGUGAAAAUGUGUAAAGAAGCGGCAACUGAUUUACAGAAAGAGGAAUUUAGCCAUGAAUUAUCAUUGGUUAAACGAAUUCCAAAACAUCCUAAUGUAGUUUCAUACCUUGGCUACUGUAAAAGUUUAGAUCAACCAACGUUUAUCAUAUUAGAAUAUAUAUCUGGUGGUAAUUUAAUACAAUUUUUAAGAGACAGACGUCCAGGAUCGGGAUCGAAAUCCAAUGAACAAGAAAUUAAUUCAUCAGAACUGUCAUCGUUUGCGCAUCAAAUAGCCAAAGGAUUAGCUCAUCUGAGUCACCAUAACAUCAUACAUCGUGAUGUUGCAGCUAGAAAUAUUUUAAUAAGUGAAAGUCAUAUAUGUAAAGUGGCUGAUUUAGGACUUGCUAGAGAUUUAUAUGAAAGUGAUGUCUACGAGAUAGCGUCGAAGGGUGGCCUACCUAUAAGAUGGAUGGCUCCAGAAUCAUUAACUGAUGGUUUAUACACAACCCAAUCUGAUAUUUGGUCUUAUGGUGUGUUACUAUGGGAGAUCAUAACUUUAGGAGCUAGUCCGUAUCCAGGAUUAUCAGCAAGGCAGGUUAUGUCAACAGUUGUUGGUGGUAAUAAACUAGAAUGCCCAGAAUUCUGUAGCCAAACUAUCAAAGAUUUAAUAAUGCAAUGUUGGGAGAUAGAUAAAGAUAAGAGACCCACGUUUGAUCAAAUUUGUACCAGUUUAGAAAGAUUAUUAGAAGAACAAAGCGACUAUCUGAAUCUCCAAAAUUAUGAAGAGGGAAUCUAUUCUGUAUUAUUUCCAACAAAUUAUGAUGAAAAACUGUAA